CUCCCUCUUAUCUCUUGAUAAGACAUAUUGUGUGGAGACAAUCUGCACAUGCUCAGUGUGGUGUGUAAUGCCAGAGAGGUUUUUUUUUUUUUCUCUUGGGAGAGUGCAUGUAAUCAGCACAGGGCCAAUCAGCACUGUCCAGACAGAGGUCAGGGGUUCUAUAUCCUCCUAAAGCAGAAAGAAAAGUCCUCCUACAGCUUUAAUAACAGAGCUUAAAUUGUUACUAAACCCACAACUUUUGAUGAGAAAAGGUAUUUAGCAGUUUAUAUUUACUAAAAUAAUUGCACUUCAAUGUUGUUGUACUGUGGGAGACCAGAUAUAGUGAAUGCAGGGUCGGGG